CGGGCUCCGCGUGCGCCAUGCUGCCGUUAACCCCUUCACUGCGGAGUGACGUAAAGUCUUCUAGAGACCGAUCCCUCUCCGCCGUUCGCUUCUCCCAGCCGGUGCAGGGGAUUGUAGGAGAGCGGUCAUGAACGAAAGCGAAGUCAUUGAAUACUUUAAGCGCCAGCUGAAGGAGGACCCAGAUGUGGCCACGGCCGUAGCGGCUAUUAGAACCCUACUGGAGUUUCUGAAGAAAGAUAAAGGCGAAACUAUACAAGGCCUGAUCGGAAGUCUAAAGGAUGCUAUUCAAACUAUGUCCAAGGUGGAUUCCUCUGUUGCCGUCUCCUCUGGAGGGGAACUCUUCCUAAGGUUUAUUACACUCACUUCUGAGCUGGAACAUUCUAAUUAUGCUUUAUGCAAAGAAAGGAUGAGCGAGCGAGGUGAACUCUUUCUAAAAAGGAUCUCCUUGUCAAGGGACAAGAUUACAAAUCUCUGCUGCCCGUUUAUAAAAGAUGGAGCUAAAAUAUUAACCCAUGCGUACUCCAGGGUGGUUCUGAAGGUUUUAGAAGAAGCUGCAGCUGCUAAUAAACGAUUUAGUGUCUAUGUUACAGAAUCACAGCCGGACUUAUCAGGGAGGAAUAUGGCAAAAGCUCUACAGAACAUUAAUAUGCCAGUAACUGUGAUCCUGGAUGCUGCAGUAGGGUAUAUCAUGGAGAAAGUAGACUUGGUGAUUGUGGGGGCUGAAGGAGUGGUGGAGAGCGGAGGAAUCAUCAAUAAGAUUGGCACAAAUCAAAUGGCUGUAUGUGCCAAAGCUCAGAAUAAACCAUUCUACGUGGUGGCGGAAAGUUUCAAAUUUGUGCGCCUCUUCCCUCUGAAUCAGAGAGAUGUGCCAGACAAGUUCAAGUAUAAAGCAGACACACAGCAGCAGAAGAAGGACCUGAUGAAAGAGCACCCCUGGAUUGACUACACAUCACCCUCCCUUAUCACACUGCUUUUUACAGAUCUUGGGGUUUUGACUCCAUCUGCUAUAAGUGAUGAAUUAAUUAAACUGUACUUAUAAUAAUGUAUUAAAGUUAACCCCUUGAUACAGA